UUUUUUUUUUAGCUCGAGGACCCUCUCUGGACUCCAGUGCCCGGAUUCGUGCACAUCGGCUCUCAUCUCGCGCUUUCUCACGCCUCCUUAGAUUUCCUCUCCUUCUCCCCACCCCACCCUCCCUUUCUUUCUUAUACGGCUCUGAAUAAAUGCUUCAGAUUUCCAAGGUACGCCAAUAAAGAUUUAUGUGUCGCCCUUUCUUCUCUUCUCUCUUAUCGGAUUUGUUGUUGAUGGAGAUUCCAAUGUUUCCGGCCUUCCUUUUUGAUCGUUUCUCGAAAUAGAUUUUUGUGAUUUUGGAAGAUUGUCAAGUAUUUCGCAUCAAAAUCCGAUCUUUAUUGCUCCCUCCUUUUUUUUUCCUGAAGUUUUAGAUACUCCCUUUCAGCUUUUCUGCAAAUGGCUUGUAGUUUUUCUCUGGAGAAUUUUGUAUCAAAAUUCGAUUUUUAUUGCUCCUCUCUUUUAUUUUUCUGUGUUCUUUUUUAUGUUUAUAAUGUUUCACACUUUCCUAUAAUUUUUCUUCUAGAUGGAUUGUCGUUUUUCUUGAAUAUUGUGAAGAGUUUUGUAUCCAAAUUCGAUCUCGGUUUCUCUCUUCUCUGUUUUCAGUUGUUGGUAUAAUAGUAUUCUUUUUGUUUUUUUUUUUCCUUUUUUUUGUUCUGUGGGUUUUGUUUAUGUUCUUGUUGCAGGAAUUCUUCUGCAAGAUUUUUGCGUACGGAUGAGCAUUUGGACAAGCAAUUCUGUCCUCUUGAUCCUGCUUCUCACCAGAACGAAAAGGACUGGUUUUGAGCCCACCUUAAUAAGAGGAAUAGGAGUGGGAAUGAUGGAAGGGGACACCUUCUCAGGCCUUGACAAUGGAACCCAAGCGGACAACAAAGUCCUCCAGGCCUUCAAGAAGAGCUUUGUCCAAGUCCAAAGCAUCCUGGAUCAAAACAGGCUAUUGAUCAAUGAGAUCAACCAGAACCAUGAGUCGAAGAUCCCGGACAACCUCAGCCGGAACGUCGGUCUCAUACGCGAGCUCAACAACAACAUCCGGCGAGUCGUCGACCUCUACGCCGAUCUCUCCUUCUCCUUCACCAAAUCCAUGGAAGCAUCAUCGGAGGGGGAGUCCGACGGGAAGCCUGGCCACAAGAGAAAUAGGCCAGGCUAGAGAAGCAUAGCAAAGCAAAGCUUUUUGCCCGUCCAAUACUUUCCCGGCAGCAUGGAAACUUAAUAGAUUCACGGAAAGAGAGAGAGCAAACGUAGCCUGCUCUUCUUCAUAAUAAUAGGUGAGCAUUUGCCAUGUUGUAAUCCAGUGUAAUAACUCUCAUUGUCUUCUAUCUCAUUCACAUUAAGCUCUCUGCCUACCUUCUGGACUAGCCUAGCAGACUCUGUUGUUGUUAAGUGUACCUAUGUUUCUGGUUCUUGUGGGCAUACCUUUUUAUCAUGGAAUCAAAGUCUUUUUAGCUUAAAACUAGGAAAUCUUUUCAUCAUUUGUGU